AUUAUCGAUAGUACUCAUGGUGACUAAACUACACAUAAAUAUUUUGUGUAAUUUACUACAUACAUGUAUACACACAAACAUAUACAUAUAUGCACACACAAACAUACUCAAAUCUACAUUUUUUCCACGUGUCCCCAUAUAUAUUGUACUGUUAGCAACAUACCAACAUUUUAAAAUUCCUAACCACCUUAUGAAAAAUAAAUGAACUUUGUUCAACUAUAUGAUACAUCUAACAUUAUUUAAUCAAGCUUAAUUGUAGACAUUUGGACAAAAACAUUGAAAUGUACACUAUACAUGGUACUGAAUUGAAACCAAAUAAUAUACAAUGCUAUAAAACAAAUGAAUAAUGUUGCAUAAUAGACUAAUUAUCAGACAGAGUUAUGAGUUUAAAUAACUAGUUACUACACUUUAAAGCCCAAGAGUGUGUCACAAAUGAAUACAAAUCCAUGUAAACAAAGGUAUAUAUUUAAUUGUCUAAGAUAUAAAUUAGUUACUAAGCUAUCUAUUUAUUUUUUUUUAUUUUUGUUCACCUCCCUAUAAAAUUGAUUAGUGAUCUAUUUGUUUGUUUCUUAUUGUUUCGAGUAAUUUUAACAAUUUUUUUUUAAUGAAUUGUGUAACCGGUGAAAUUAUUUCCAUUAAUUUUAUUUCAUUACAUUAACUAUAUAUUUGGUUUAUUUAUCUAAAAUAGUCAAUAAUAAUAAUAAAACAAUAAAACAAUCUGUAUGAAUCAUUGAACAUUUGGAUUAGUAACAAAAGAAAAUGAAUAAAAUUAUAAUAUUCUUAACAAGUUUAUUAAUUCUAUUCAAUUUACCAAAUGGUAUACAAUAUGAUCAACAAUAUCAAAGAAAACAUCAAGAAGAAAAACCGAAUCAUAAAUUGAAAAGGAUUUAUUUAAUGAAUAAAACAUUUCAAAUAUCUCCAUUAAAACAACAAUAUUCAUAUGAUGUACAACCAAAAAUGUUUAAUAUCCAUUUGAAUGAAUCAGAUGAAAUGAAAAAUGCUACUAAAGAUGUAAUUAAUUUAAUUACAGGACAUAAUAAUAAUAAUAAUAAUAAUAAUGAUAAUGAUUAUGAUGAAACUGGCUUAAUAGAUGAAGAAGAAGAUAUGGAGUUAAUUGAUGAAUUGAAAGAGUAUAUGCCAAAUGUAUGCUUCGAAACUAAUCCUAAACCAAGACAAUAUCGUCAACGUAUACAAAUUCCUUAUACAAAAUUAACACGUGUUUGGGAACCAAAUUGUGAAGCUGAAGGUAACUGGUGUAUCAAAUAUAAAGAACAAACUCAUUAUGCUGUUCAUUAUAAAACAGUUUUUAAAACUGCACCUUUAAAACAAUUUCGCUGCUGUCCUGGUUUCAUUCGUCAACCUGGAUAUGAAGGUUGUGUUCCAGUAGCUAGUGACUGUAAUGAAUUAAACAAUUAUUGUCAAAAUGACUGUGGUCAAGUUCCUGGCUCAAAAAAUUGUAGAUGUCCACCAGGUUAUUUUCUUGCUCCAGACAAACGAAGAUGCCUUGAUAUAGAUGAAUGUAAAUAUGAUCGAGGAGGUUGUAUGUAUUUUUGUGAAAAUCUUCCUGGAGGUUAUCGAUGUGCUUGCCCUUCGGAUAUGGUUUUAGCACCUGAUAAGAUUUCUUGCAUACCAUUUUUCAAUCCAUGUGAACAUCCUCCUAAUGGUGAUUGUGAACAUAUUUGUACAAGUUUACCAGGUUACAGAUAUAUGUGUUCAUGUAAACCUGGUUAUCAUUUAGCUGAAAAUAAAAAACGAUGCUUACCUGACAAUCCUUGUCAAAUCAAUAACGGAGGCUGUCAACAUGAGUGUCAUAAUGUAAACGGUGUAGUUCAUUGCAGUUGUCACGAUGGUUACCAAUUAGUCUCUCAUGAUGCAAAAAAAUGCACCGAUAUUAAUGAAUGUAGCAUAAACAAUGGAGGUUGUCAGCAGCUGUGCAGAAAUGUCGAUGGUUCUUACAGCUGUGAUUGUAAUCCUGGUUGGCAAAUAGGAAAUGAUGGGAAAUCUUGUUAUCGUGUUGUCUUAGAAGUAAGCGACCCAUGUCGAUUUGACAAUGGUGGAUGUACACAUAUUUGUUCAAGAACAGAUUCUGGAACAGCAGAAUGUUCAUGUAGUCCAGGCUAUGACUUGCAAGCUGAUGGUCGAACUUGUUCAGAUCGUGAUGAAUGUGUAAUUGGUGAAGCUAAGUGUUACGGUCAAGCUGUGAUUUGCAUUAACGAACCAGGAACGUACCGUUGUGAAUGUCAAACAGGAUUUCGUAUCAGCCCAGAUGGACAUUCAUGUCAAGAUAUUGAUGAAUGUCUGGAUGACAAUGGUGGAUGCGAAUUUCAAUGUGUGAAUACAAUAGGUAGUCAUAGGUGUUUGUGUGAUUUUGGUGAUGAAUUAAACCCAGAUGGAAGAACAUGCUCACGUUCAUCCAGUUAUUUGAAUAUGAAACCAACACAACGAGUUGUAAUAGGUGAUGUUCAUCAGUUUUCGAAAAUACGGACAUCAUUUGAUUCAAGAGGUAAUUUAUGUUUACCUGGACGAUUUGGACAUGAUUGUAGUUUAACAUGUUCACAUUGUGAAAAUGGUGGUCGAUGUAAUCGAGAUUUAACUGGAUGUGAAUGCCCAUCUGGUUAUAAAGGAAUUAUCUGUGAAGAAAAAUGUCCAAAGGGACUAUGGGGUGUGGACUGCAGACAGUACUGUGACUGUGCAAAUGACGUUGACUGUGAUUCCGUAACUGGGGUUUGUCAAUGUCCUUUAGGUCGUCAUGGUACAAGAUGUGAACUAUCUGGAUGCCAAUCAGGAUUUUGGGGACCUCAGUGUGAUCGUCUAUGCCCAAAUCAUUGUGCAACAAAUCAAUGUGAUCGUGAAAAAGGCCAUUGUACAUGCUCACCAGGAAUGUAUGGGUCGCAUUGUCACUUAAGUUGUCCGGAAAAUACAUGGGGCGAAUUGUGUAGUCUAAAAUGUCCAGCUGAAUGUUCAGAAAGUAGACGACAUACAAAGGGUUGUGAUCCUCAGACCGGUGAGUGUAUAUGUAAGCCUGGCUAUCAACCGCCUGACUGUAUUCUACCAUGCCCGUCGUCAUAUUUUGGUUUCAACUGUAAAAUGACAUGCUUUGAUUGUCAAAACGGUUGUGAUCCAGUGACUGGACGAUGUCUAGUUGAAUGUCCACCUGGUAAACAUGGAUUAACGUGUGAACAAGACUGUCCCCCGGGGUAUUGGGGCAAAAAAUGCUCUCGACAUUGUCGAUGUGGUUAUGACGAAAAAGGGAAUCUCCGGACAUGUGAUCCAACAAGUGGUACAUGCUCAUGUAAAGCAGGUUAUCGAGGAAAGAACUGUGAUGAACCCUGUGAAAUUGGUACUUACGGUCCAAAUUGUCAAUUGAAAUGUCAAUGUGGGAUAAGUAAUAUGGGAUGUGAUCCGGUUACUGGUUUGUGUCAAUGUCCGAAUGGAAUUGUAGGACAUAAAUGUAGUAUGCAAAAUGACAUUUAUUCACCAGAUGACGAACCAUCUUGUCCACCGGGUAGAUGGGGUAAAUCUUGUACAGAAAUAUGUGAUUGUGAAAAUAGUGUUGAAUGUCAUAAAAAUACUGGAUUAUGUAUUUGUUUCCCUGGUUUCAUUGGUGAUAAAUGUGAUCAAAAAUGUGAAAAAGGGAAAUAUGGACUUAAUUGUACAGAAACAUGCGCUUGUGUACACGGUACUUGUGAUCAUCGUUCCGGAGCAUGUGAAUGUGAACCUGGUUGGAGAAAUAUGCUGUGUAAUAAACCAUGUGCACCAGGAUUUUAUGGUUCUGAUUGCCAACAUAGAUGUUUGUGUACAAAUGGUGCUGAAUGUGAUCCUGUUACCGGUAACUGUGAAUGUAAUGAAGGUUGGUAUGGACCAGCAUGUGACCAACCUUGCUCUGAAGGAACAUACGGUAAAAACUGUGUCAAGAAAUGCAACUGCGCAGAUGUUCCAGGUGUAAGCUGCGAUAAAGUCACAGGAAGAUGUAUUUGCCCACCGGGACGUACCGGUAACAGGUGUUCUGAAUUAUGUCCUAGUGGAUUUUGGGGGGAAGAGUGUUCGAGAACUUGUGCGUGCCUACGUGGAGCUACUUGUGAUCCCAUAACUGGCAAGUGUCGUUGCGGUUCAGGUUGGUAUGGUGAAGCUUGUGAGUUGCCAUGCCCAAGUGGCCACUGGGGCGAAAGCUGUUCUGUUCCAUGUCAGUGUUCAGCAAAUACUCGGAACCCAGAAGGAGGUGAAUGUGACCGGUUUACUGGAGAGUGCCGAUGCCCACAAGGUUUUACUGGACCAAGGUGUCAAGAUAAGUGCCCACCUGGGCGUUACGGAUCAGAUUGUAAACUGAGUUGUCCAUGUCAAAAACCGGGUUCUAGAUGUGAUCCUGUGACUGGAGCUUGUGAAUGUCCACCUGGUUGGUUCGGAGAAACUUGUGAAAGACCAUGUUUAUUGGGAUUCUAUGGAACAAACUGUAAGCAAAGGUGUUCCUGUCCAUCUGGUCAACCAUGUCAUCAUGAAACAGGUCUGUGUAGUUGUCCAGCAGGAAAGUAUGGACCACAAUGUGAAGAUACAUGUCCAGAAGGACGUUGGGGUGAGGACUGUCAACAUAUAUGUGAUUGUCAUUUGAAGAAUAAUAAUAUGUUAUGUGAUCCAAUCCAUGGAAUUUGUUACUGUCGACCAGGAUGGCUAGGUCCCAAUUGCAUAAGCAGAUGUCCAGCUGGAUAUUUUGGUAUAAACUGUCAACAUGAGUGUAAAUGUGAAAAUAAUGGAGUGUGUCAUCCUGACAAUGGAACUUGUAUUUGUCAAGCUGGGUAUUAUGGUGAACGUUGUCAACUCAAUUGUCCUCCUGGUUUUUAUGGUUUACAGUGUAAACAAAAAUGUGGAUGUAUUCAUGGUGAAGCAUGUAAUGAAGUAACUGGUGAAUGUUACUGUUCAGCUGGUUACCAUGGGAAAAAAUGUGAACAAACUUGUCUUCCUGGUACAUAUGGACCACAAUGUUCAUUAAUUUGUCCUGUAUGUCAUACUCGAAUUGCAGAUUCAAAUACACUGGAUAGUUUAUUACUUUCAGAUACCUCAUCAAUCCCAGAUAAUACAUUUCAUUCAUCACAAUAUCAUUCAGAAGAAGUAAUGAAAAAUACUAAAGUAGCUAUAUUGAGACGUUUAAAUCAGAAUCAACAUAACCCUACUUGCCAUCCUCAAACUGGACAAUGUCCAUGUCCACCAGGUUCGGAAGGUAAAGAUUGUAGUACACCAUGUCCGAAAGAUCGGUUUGGACCUGACUGUGCUCAGGUAUGUACAUGUCAAAAUGGAGCAACAUGUUCCUCUAUCACUGGCACUUGCAAUUGUCGACCAGGAUUUUAUGGACCAUUAUGUCAACACAUAUGUCCACCUGGAAGAUGGGGAGUGGGAUGUGCUUCUGUGUGUGAUUGUUAUAAUUCACAACCAUUUGGUUGUGAUCCUAAAACCGGGAGAUGUAGAUGUAAACCAGGUUAUACUGGUGAACGUUGUGAAGAAGUUUGUCCUCGUGGUUAUUUUGGAGAAAUGUGUGCACAAGCUUGUCAACAUUGUGAAGAGUGUCAUUUCGAAACUGGACAGUGUCUAUGCCCUUUGGGACAUUAUGGAGAAACAUGCGGCAGUAUAUGUCCACGCGGUCAAUAUGGGGUUAGUUGUUCCAAACUUUGCUCAUGUCAAAACAAUGCAAUCUGUUCAGCUAAUAUUGGGAACUGUAAUUGUUUGCCUGGAUUUAUUGGACCUGACUGUUCAAUAAACAGUGAAAUGAAUUAUAUAAAUGAACAAUCAAAACUAAGUAUGAAAAUGAAUAAAUAA